AUGAAAGAACCUUUUGUUGCCAUCGAUAUUAUUCCUGCUACACCUGUCCUCACCUUGCCUAGUAGUGUUGCAACUAAGCACCGAGUCACAGGUGUAUUAAGAAUUGUUUUAAAUAAACCAGUUAAAGUCAAGUCAGUUACUAUCACUUUUCAAGGCAAAUGUAUAGUAAGUUUUAGCAAUGAAUCAGUGGCUCAAACAAGUUUAACAAGGAAAAAUAAUGAUGGAUCGGGAACACACAGUCUUCAAUUCUUCGACACACCUAUAACUAGAAGCAGUGCGUCUAUAGUUAAACAAACAAUAUCUCUUUUCGAAGACUCUAAAAAGAAAGAACUAAAAGGUGUUGUCGAGUUUCCAUUUAACUUUGAAUUACCAGCUGAUGCACCUCCAACAAUUAAUGAGUCACAUGGUUAUAUAAGGUAUAAAUUGACAGCUAUAAUAACUCCGGCUUCAUUGUUGGGAAAGCUCUCACAAGAAAAAGUAGAUUAUGUUCUGAAGGUGGUCAGACCUAGAUCAAUGCUUAAUGGUCAAAAAAGAUAUCAAGGAAUGCUCGAAGGGAAAAUUAAAUAUGAUAUUGAGGUUCCUAAAAUGAUUUUAUUAUCUCUAGACACAUCAUCAUUACAUAAUGGCAGUGCUAACGACAUUGUUGUUCGUGCAAGACUUACAGUAAUGAGAGAGAUAGCAAGAAUUAAAACUGUUAGUUUGGAAAUUUCUCAAAUAUCAAAAUACGUGAUAAAGUCAACAACAACAAGUAAAACUAUAGAAAAAUCAUUUACUACGUACACAAAACCUGCCUCAAUGAUUGAUUUCACAACUGCAUUACCUUCCAUAACUCAAGAUCAUCAUUUAACUCUUACACUUCCAAAUGUAUUAAUUUCUGAACUUUCACCGGACAUUCACUCGCCGAAUCUUGAAAUUACACAUAAUUUUCGAAUAACUAUAACUUUUAUGAAUACUAAUGUCAGCCCAUGUUUUAUAACACCAUCAGUAAUUGUUGGUUAUGUUGACAAACGAUUGACUAGAAGCGCUAGCAUAAGUGAGGGGCCACAUCAUGAUGUGUUAAGAACAGAUUUAUAUCGACGUGGUUCAGAGGGAUGGGUAUUUUAUAAUCAUAUGCAUAAUAUAAAUAAUGGAACCCCUUCAAUAUCAGGACCAAUACGUUCCCCUGAUGCUAUGUCGCGAGUAUCAAGUUUUUCGAGUUUUAAUUCUCUAAGUAACAUGAGUGCACUUGGAUCUGUUUUUGAAGAAAACGAAGAAUACACAGCAAUCGAGCCAUGA